ACCACUUCUAGGCCACCGUGUAUAUUCAAGCGACAAUUAAACCCUCAAAGCCCUUUUCCCAACACUAAAAAUUUUCCAGCUCUGGUAUGUAGAUCAAACAAGUUCUCAUGCGACGAGUUGUAGUGAAACAAGUUUUUUAUUGGCAUCGACCAUUUAAAUUUGGCGUUUGAGAACUCCAAUGUCAAUAAGGGUGGUUUUGCAAAAUCACCCAGUAUGUCACAUCUAAUUAAUCUAUGACAUAACCUCACUUUUUUGUAAUCAACAUAACCUAAAAGUGUAACCGGGUUUAUGCAAUUUUGCGACAGUGUUGUUAAUUGUUAACAAACAUGAAGUUGAACGUCGGGGGCUUAAUUGUGUAUUUUCCGUACGACUACAUCUACCCUGAACAAUAUGCAUAUAUGUGCGAGCUUAAAAAAGCCCUGGACGCUAAAGGCCACUGUUUGUUGGAAAUGCCUUCAGGGACAGGUAAAACAACGACCCUUUUAUCCCUGGUGGUUGCGUACAUGUUGGAGAACCCCCACGAUGUCCGCAAGCUAAUUUACUGCUCUCGAACGGUCCCCGAAAUCGAAAAAGUAAUGGAAGAGUUAAAAAAGUUGCUCCUUUAUUAUGAAAAACAAGACGGCGAGUACCCCCAUCUUGUAGGCUUGGUUUUAUCCUCCCGUAAAAAUUUAUGCAUUCACCCGGAAGUAAGUACGGAACGAGAAGGUAAAAUAGUGGACGGAAAGUGCCACUCACUCACCGCCAGUUAUAUUCGAGAAAGACACAACUAUGACGAUACAACCCCCAUUUGUCAGUACUAUGAAGGGUUCUCUUUAGAUGGUAAAGAAAGCACCAUGCCUUAUGGUGUGUACAGCAUAGAUGAUUUAAAACAAUAUGGCAGAGAUAGGAACUGGUGUCCAUAUUUUUUGUCCAGAUUUGUGAUAAACCACGCCAAUAUCGUAGUUUACAGUUACCAUUAUUUGCUAGACCCUAAAAUCGCUGAAGUUGUGUCCAAAGAACUGACUAAAGAAUCUGUCGUUAUUUUUGACGAGGCCCACAAUAUUGAUAACGUGUGUAUUGACUCAAUGAGUGUUAAAGUGAAUAAGAGGAUCAUCGAUCGCGCCACUGAAAAUAUAAAUUUGUUGGAACGCACUGUAGCUGAGAUGAGGGAAGAUGAUCAUAAGAAGCUUCAGGAUGAGUAUCAAAGGCUAGUGGAGGGGUUACGGGAUGCUAGUGUGGCGCGCGAGACUGACGUCAUUUUGUCUAACCCCGUAUUGCCUGACGCUAUACUGACUGAGGCCGUCCCUGGCAACAUUCGUAACGCCGAACACUUCAUCAGCUUCCUCAAGCGCUUCAUCGAGUACCUUAAAACCCGUCUCCGGGUGCAACACGUCGUCCAAGAGAGCCCCGCCGGGUUUCUCAAGGACAUUCAAACGAAAGUCUGCAUUGAAAGAAAGCCGUUACGGUUCUGUGCAGAGCGUUUAGCGUCUCUUCUUAGGACGCUGGAGAUUUCAGAUCUUACGGACUUCAGUCCCGUGAUUCUCAUUACUCAUUUAGCUACUUUGGUAGCUACUUACACUAAAGGUUUCACGAUUAUUGUUGAACCUUUUGACGAUAAAACCCCCACCGUGUCCAACCCUAUACUGCAUGUCAGUUGUUUGGACUCUUCCAUUGCCAUAAAGCCGGUUUUUGAUCGCUUUCAGACCGUGGUUAUCACGUCUGGGACGUUGUCUCCUAUGGAUAUGUAUCCCAAGAUUUUGAAUUUUCAUCCGGUGAUUAUGUCGUCUUUUACGAUGACGUUGGCAAGGCCGUGUUUGUUGCCAAUGAUUGUGUCUAAAGGUAAUGAUCAAGUGGCAAUUUCGUCGAAAUACGAAACUAGAGAAGACAAUGCUGUGAUACGAAAUUACGGACAGUUGUUGGUGGAAGUCGCGGCGAAUGUACCAGAUGGCAUUGUUUGUUUUUUCACUUCUUAUUUAUAUCUAGAAUCCGUUGUAGCGAGUUGGUACGACCAAGGGGUUAUUGAUAGUUUACAAAGAUACAAACUUCUCUUCAUUGAAACCCAGGAUUCGGCGGAAACUAGUUUCGCCUUGAUGUACUACAUAAAGGCGUGCGAGUCCGGCCGAGGCGCCGUCCUACUCUCAGUCGCCAGGGGCAAAGUCUCGGAAGGAGUGGACUUCGACCACCACUUAGGCCGCGCAGUCCUCAUGUUCGGCAUCCCCUACGUCUACACACAAUCCCGAAUACUCAAAGCGCGUUUGGACUACCUCCGCGACCAGUUCCAAAUCAAAGAAAACGACUUUCUGACCUUCGACGCCAUGCGCCACGCCGCACAGUGCGUCGGACGCGCAAUCAGAGGGAAAACCGACUACGGUAUCAUGAUUUUCGCCGACAAGAGGUUUUCUAGGUCGGAUAAGAGGUCCAAGCUGCCCAAGUGGAUCCAGGAGCAUUUAAAAGACUCUUUAACGAAUUUGUCGACGGAGGAGGCCGUUCAGAUAGCCAAGCGGUGGCUGAGACAGAUGGCGCAACCGUUCACCAGAGAGGACCAACUGGGGGUGUCGUUGUUGACGUUGGAGCAGCUGCAGAGUCUCGAAGCGAGCAAAAUUCAAGAGCAGGCGCAGCAGAAUUAGGGUGGUAUUUUUAAUAAUAAAGAGAUAGUUUUGCA